AUGAGCGACCGCCGGAGCGGCAAGGCGCCGAAGGACAUGUCCCCGAAGGAGCAGGUCCGCGAGAGCCUCGCGCAGGCCGCGCGCCUCCAGGGGCGCGACGCGGGGACCAAGGGUGUGCAGGUGGUCAUGGGGGACGAGGACGACAUGGACAAGUGGAAGGAGCUCGACGCCCGGGUGAACGAGUACCCGGCGUGGCGGAACUUCAAGGCGAUCGGGGAGGGCGGGGACGACUUCCGGGACAGCGUGGUGGCGCUGGUGGGGGCGGCACUGGGGGAGUCCGUGGGGGAGGACUGCGUGCGGGUCCGCCCGAGCAGCGGCGGCAAGUACGUGGCGGUCGACGUCGGGCCCGUGCUCGUGAAGAAGCCCGAGGACGUCGUCGCGGUCUUCACGGAGCUGCGCAAGGAGCCGCGCAUCCGGUGGUGGAUGUAG